AUGUCUUCUGCCGCGUUGCAAUCAACUACUCACCAGCAGACCUCCCUGCCCGCCUUAAAUACGCCUUCACCCGCGGCCGCUUCUCAGCCCCAUCGCCAGUAUACCCCGGCCCAAUCCCCUAGCAGAGAGGGUCGUUAUGCGAGUCGAGAUAACGCGAAUGCUUCGCCCGCAUCUUCGAGACGUCCGUCUAGACGACCUAGCGGAAACAGCGCGAGCGCGGCGAGCCCUGCACCGACCCACCCAGAACAGGCCCAGUCGUCGCCAAUGACGUCGCGAACCGCAUUAGCCUCGCCGGUGCCGGUGGCGGGUACUACGGCAGAGUACGAUAGGUCAGCUACGGGUCGACGAAGGAACGAGCCACCCGUCGCCCCGCCGCGAACGUCGUCUACCCAACAUGGACCCGCCGGUCCAACCACCUCUCGAAGGGCAGCUCGUGCCGAGGAACGAGCCGCAAAUUCCCCCAGACGAACCGCGGCAGACGGUAGAGCAGGCACAAACGGACAGUCGGAGCUUGGACGAGGCGGUUAUGACGAUCCGAGCUCUCGAAGCAGAAGAGCAGCGUCGCAGCACCUGGCCCAGGAACCUACCCAGAGACCCAGCAGCAAUAGAGAUCACCGACAGACCGUGACGACCACGAUGCCCGUCAGGUCUGCUACCAACGCCUCGUCAAAACAACCGUCGCGCGAGGCUAGCGAGGUACUACAUCGCGUAAUAGUCUCCCAACCGGAAGAUGACAUCGAACGAGAACGAGAGCGGCUUGGCGAGGCUCAGGGCCAGCCGUCUAACCGUCGUGCCGCGGCUGACGAUGAUGUGGCUGCUCCUCCGCCGGUCGUCGGCGUGAACGACGCUCUGGAGGAUGGCCGACGUGGAGGUCGAAGCCGCCACGACCAUUCCAAACGCGAGAAAGGAUCGAAGUUUGGAGAUUAUUAUCUAGGAAACGUCAUCGGCGAGGGCGAGUUUGGCAAGGUGAAGCUCGGCUGGAAGCAAGACGGCGGGGUUCAGGUAGCUAUCAAGCUCAUCCGCCGCGAUAGCGUGGGGAAUAAUCCAUCUCGGCUGGCGAAGAUCUACCGUGAGGUGGCGAUUUUACGCGGCAUCUCGCAUCCCAACAUCGUGAGAUUGCACGAGAUGUCAGAGACGGAGCGACACAUCGGAAUCGUCCUGGAGUACGCUUCCGGGGGAGAGCUUUUCGACUACAUCCUUAACCACAGGUACCUUAAAGACGGACCUGCUCGCAGACUCUUUGCCCAGCUCAUCUCGGGAGUGGGCUAUCUUCAUAAGAAGGGUAUCGUCCAUCGAGACUUGAAACUGGAAAAUCUACUCCUCGACCGGAAUCGCAACAUUAUCAUCACCGAUUUCGGGUUUGCCAACACCUUUGAUCCUAACGACGAACUAACCGAAGAUGAAGAGUUGAAUCUGUCCGACCGCGAGUUUGUCAAACGCUCCGGCCUGGACAAGACUAAGCAGAAUGGCAUGCGUAGGGGCGACCUGAUGCAGACUAGCUGCGGAAGCCCGUGUUACGCGGCCCCGGAGCUGGUGGUCAGUGACUCGCUUUAUACCGGUAGAAAGGUAGACGUCUGGAGCUGCGGAGUCAUCUUGUAUGCUAUGCUUGCGGGUUAUCUACCAUUCGAUGACGAUCCCGCCAACCCCGAGGGCGAUAACAUUAAUCUCUUAUACAAGUAUAUCGUGAACACCCCCCUCACCUUCCCCGAAUACGUCACUCCUCACGCGCGGGAUCUGCUACGCCGCAUACUGGUACCGAGCCCCCGAAAACGUGCAGACCUAUUCGAAGUAGCUCGGCAUAGUUGGUUGAGCGAGUACGCGCACGUAGUAGAACUCAUCACCAGCACAACGACCACUAGCAACGAGAUCCAGAACACGACCGUGCCGUCUGAGGACACGGACACCGGGAACCUGGGGAGGAGCGCCUCCGUCAGGGAACCCUCUAAACCGAAGACGACCGCCGCCCCUCCGGCCGAUUCGCCACGGAGGCAGAGCAAGGCCGACGGAGAAGAGCAAGCGUACGGAAAGCCGCCGAAAGACAACAAGCGGCGCACCGUCCAGGUGGAGUACGUGGCUCCCGUCACCCAGACGCAGAGAGGAGGUGAACAGCAGUCGGAUCCUCACUCGUCGCCACGCGGAAAGACUCGAGCUCGUUCCUCCAGCCAGGGUCCCGUCGAAGUACGCGCGCCGCCCGCCGACAAACCCCUGCCGAGGGACCCGCCCGUCUCUAGGGAGGAAUACCCGACCGCGUCUCGAGACCCGCGGAAACCGCCCAGCUCGCACAGACGAGACGUGCCGCCUCCUAGAUCGAAUAUACCUCGCUCCACGUCCGAUCACGCUUACAUGACUACUGCCGGCCCGAGCUCGUCGGCCGCGCGACCUACCACGGGAGGCUCGAUGCAAUCGACCGCCUCCAGGUUAGCGUCGUCUACUAGAGGAUCGUACGGUCAACCGCUACCCCCUACCGUUGCUGGCACUAACGCUCACGGAAGCAUACAACAACCGAAAGGUAGCAAGAACUACGUCAUAUCGAACCCCAUCCCUCAGGAGGCGCCAGACAUGGACUUCGGUCGACCCAGCAUCACCGUGCCUCCCAAGCACGCCCAAGCUUCGGGUUUCAGUCAAGGACAGCAGCAGUCUGGCGAUGCUAAGGGUCAUCGCAGGUCCAACACCAUCGGUGAGAUCGGCGGCAAGAUAUUCGGUCGCAGCGGUUCCAUCUUCGGUAGCCGGAAGAAGCGCCCGGAUCAACCGGGAGAGAAAGCCUCCAAGAAGUAUCCUCCUAUCAGCAUGUCUAACGCUCUGCCCGGCGAGUCCAGGACUUCUAUGGAGUCCCGCGCUUCUAGGAGAUCGUUUUCUUUGGGACUCGGAAAGAAGAGAAGCGGUAGCAUAGCGGGUUCGCAAGUGUCGAUAGACAAGCCGCAGAAUCGCCGGUUCUCCUUGAUGAGAGCGAUCGGCCUAGGCAAGGAGCCCACGACACCGCCCGCUGAAUCUUCCCAGCAAGAUUUGCCCAUCCAGGAACCCCCGGAGAUGGACGAUUAUAAUCGAUACGUGGACCACCAGCAGGUUCGUGGAAACGUGGGGCAGCAAUACGGAGACGGUACUUACGAAUCGCUACAUUCCCAGAGGCUAGGCUCGGCGCCCACUUCUAACCCCAGCCCAGUUCAUCUACGAUUCCCGGCUAAUCCUAGGCCUACGGCGAUACCUUCAUAUCUACAGUCGGGCGCGGUUCUAAACUCCGAAUCCGAGUCCUCGCUCGACCCCGCUCAACGAAAGCCACCCAACUCGGCGCCGUACCAGACCGGCUAUGAUUCUGAUCACUACGACGGGCGCCAGUCCGGGCGCGGAAGCCGCGUCUUGCAGAAGAAUAGGAGAUUCGUGGACGCUUACGACGGGGAAGAAUACGGAAGGCCUCACGACCACGCGGGUAGCAGCGGCGCGGCGAAGAGGGUGAUGGACUUCUUCAGAAGACGGGGACGGGCGCGCGGGGGCGAACCUUAG